AUGACCCGUUUAUUGUUAGAAUUGAUAACACUAGAGAAACAAGCUGGAAAUUCAAGAGGAAAAACUUUGAGUGAGAAAGGAAAAGAAAAUGUUCUUAUUGAUUUUAAAAAUCAUUUUCCAAUAACCUUAACGUGGAACAAAAUUAAGAACAGACUUGAUACUUUAAAGAGGCAAUACGAAAUCUAUCCUUCGAGGCUUCGGUCGCACCCACUGCGGUUUCUACCACUUCUUGAUGUGGUAUUCCGAGAUGAAACUGUUGUGGUCGAAGAGUCAUGGCAACCAAGACGUGGUGUACGCCGUCAUACUCCAGUAGUUGGCUUAAAUGAUAGUGAAUGUACAAACAAUAAUGGAGAAGAGACAGAUGAUCUGAUGCGUAAUCAUGAUGAACGUGGUUCUAUGGAAACUCAAGACCCAAAUUGGAUGUCAGAAAUUCCUAGGGAAAGCUCUGUAAAUCUAGGCGACGUGGAUCUGUCAUUUGCAUCACAAGAAAGAUCUUCCACACACACUCAAGUGAACAAUGUAAGUCGGAACAAUGUAAGUCGGAACAGAAAGCGUAAACAAAAUCCAGUAGACUCGACACUCGACCGUAUUGCUGCAACUAUGGAAGAGCGAAAUGAUAUACUUGAACAGAUGACAAAUGCAAAGUCUCAAAAUCAGUCAACAAAUUCAACUGAAGAACGUAUGGCUCUUGUUGUCAAAUAUGUGAGGGCAGUACCUGAUCUAGUUCCGAUGACAGAGCUUUAUUGGGCAUGUCUUGAUCUUAUUGCAACAAACGAUGUUGUGCGUGGUUUAUUUCUUACUCUCCCAGAUGAUGAAAAGCUACCUUUUCUGAAGCGACAAACCAAGGAGUCUUGUAAUGAUUUUUUUGAUGCUUAG